CACACACACACACCACACACACACACACACACACACACACACACACACACACACCCACACACACACACACACACACACACACACACACACCCACACACACACACACACACACACACACACACACACACACACACACACACACACACACACACACACACACACACACACACACACACACACACACACACACACACACACACACACACACACACACACACACACACACACACACACACACACACACACACACACACACACACACACACACACACACACACACACUCACUCACACACACACACACACACACACACACACACACACACACACACACACACACACACACACACACACACCCACACACACACACACACACACACACACACACACACACACACUCACUCACACACACACACACACACACUCACACACACACACACACACUCACACACCCACACCCACACAACUUCCUCUCCGACUGUUAUCUUAACUGCUACAGCAAUGUUUAUUUUAAAUUAAUUUUAAAUUCUACAUUAAAUUUGCACAUACAAAAUGAGUUGCAAAAUUUAUAUUAAAGAGAUGGACGGAACAAGAGCAGUAUGUGUGGAUUCAGAGGAACUGAAGAACAUGACUCUUAAAGAGUUCAGAAGGAGAUUCUGUGCCGAAGAACAGGACCUCAGAUUUAUCUUCACAGGCAGACAACUGGAGGAUGAUCGUACACUUGGUUCUUAUGACAUAAAUGACUGCUCUACUAUUUAUGCAGUUAUCCGUGUAUGUGGAGGAGCCCCACCAGCUGAAGAUGAAGGAGGAGGAAUGUCCAGGACUGCAUCUAUGGAAAGAAUAGCUGAUAUGCAGCAGACUGAGCCACAAUCCACUAGAUAAUGUUGCAUGAUGUAGUUCAGUGCAUUUCAGUGCAGCCUCAUUUAAAUCCACAUACUGUACAUAUAUUCAUAUACUGUGGGCUGAUCAGUGGAAUAUCAUUCAAAUUUACUACCAUAAAAUACACUAUCAUAUAUUAUCUUCUGAUUUUAGCCUCUUAAAGUAAAAUAUUUCAUGACACGAGUGAAUUUAUAAUGGACAAUUACCUUGUGCAGAUAUGAAAAAUAGGAAAUAAUAGGUCAUAAUGAAUGACUCAACUGUACCAAAAACAAGUCUAGCUGAACUUAAAAAGUCAACCGUUAACAGGUAACUACCCUUCAGUGCAGCGUCCAUAAAGUACUCAGUUUCGCUCUGUCUCAGGAAUCUCAGAUCUCAGCGAUGACUCAAACCUCUGUUACUAGAGUUUCUCAUGUUAAUGCCUCUAAGAUGAAUCACUUCUAGUGCUCUGUAUUUGUAAGUCACUUUGAAUAAAAGCGUCUGCUAAACGAAUAUAUUUACAUUUACAUUUAUGCAUUUAGCAGACGCUUUUAUCCAAAGCGACUUACAUUGCAUUCAAGUUACAGUUUAUACAUUUUAUCAGCUCUUGCUUUCCCUGGGAAUCGAACCCAUGAUCUUGGCGUUGCUAGCGCCAUGCUCUACUAUUUGAGCUACAGGAAAGCUCAAAUAGUAGUAAAUGUAAAUUUAGUGCAGAAUAUAUUCCAGCAGUAAAGAAUUUGGUUACACUUUAGACUUUCUACUAACUAGGAGUAACUUCCCAACUACAUGUCAACUAACUCAUCAGAGUAUUAGUAGACUGUUAGGGUUAGGGUUAUCAUUCAGGGAACAGAUUUGAUCGUCUGAUGUUUUUAAAUGUCACAACUUGUUUUCUUUAGCAGUGCAGUUAUAUUUGGGACAUCUGAGUGUCUGUGAAUACUGCGAGUACUGAAAUUAUAUUGCAAAACAUUGUAUUAUUUUUUGGUAAAUUAUUAUUUUUUGGUCUAAUGGUAAUUGUUGGUGCGGAGAGUGAAUGUCAAGCGCUCUCUUCCACCCUCAAUACCACGACUGAGGUAAGACCCCUGACAAGAACUAAACGUACUACUAAACGUACGUACUGUCUGUGUGUGUGUGUGUGUGUGUGUGUGUGUGUGUGUGUGUGUGUGUGUGUGUGUGUGUGUGUGUGUGUGUGUGUGUGUGUGUGUGUGUGUGUGUGUGUGUGUGUGUGUGUGUGUGUGUGUGUGUGUGUGUGUGUGCGCGCUCUUGGAUAGUGAAAUGCAGAGCACAAAUUCAGCAAAUCUGGGGACACCAUACUCUUCAUUACUUUUACAUACUUUUCUUUCCGUUAUUUUGUCAUUUUUAUGCAAUUACACAUUAUGGCUGAACUAUAUUUUAGGAUUUUAAGUCUCAGAAUCAGACUUAUUUUUUUAUAUGUGAUUGUAACACAGUUCGUAGAUCGGGAAGAAGGAGGCGGGAACCGGCGAACAUUUAAACACUUUAAUAAUAAAAUAACCAAACAUAAAAGUAAAGCGGCAGCCCCUCACGGACCACUGCCGCACACAAAACACAAAUAAAAGUCCAGGCCUGGUCCUCUCUCGUCUUCCACUGUCGUCACUCCUCCUUUUAUCCUUCCAGAGCUCCUCCGUGGGACUCGAGACCGGCGAGUGACGCAGGUGUCGCUCAUUAGCAUUAACUCCACCGGCCUCGCUCCGUUCCCACGGCUCUCGGCCCCGCCCCACUCGCCACAGUGAUUUUAUACAAUUUUAUGCCUCGAAUGAUCUCAUAGUUUACUACAUAUACUAUUACAACUUGCCUUCUGCGGAACAUAUGCUAUGUACUUUAACAAGGAGAUAUUUUCACAUUCUUUCACAUUUUGUUUGUGAUGAAAAUGUCACGGUUUGUAUAAAUUAUCCCUGUCAUUACUCUGUAUAACAACCAGGGGCGUAAAUUUCAUCUGACAGUAGGGGGGGACAAUAAACAUAACAUUUCUCAAGAGCAAUUUUUGAAGGGGACACAAAUAAUACAGCCAAAAUUGUACUUGUAAGGAUAGAUAUGUGUACAUAGCAUGGACUGUGUUUAAAUAUGAGUUAAUGGUUCACCACGCGGUCAUAUUAUAAUUAUUAUUUUGCGUCAUCUAUAGUAUUUUAGAUUUUGUCUGAAACCUAGUACAUCUCUUUCGCAUUAAUUCAACCGCAUUAAACCCACUGAUCUGCCACUUAACAUCAUAGUGAACGAAACCCAACACAUAGGUCUACAAUAUUAGCCUAAUAUCAGUUCACACACAGGCUUAUCGCCGUGUUAGUUGUAGUGGGUGACAAGCUACGGUAUUAAGCUUGUUAACCUUAUAAUCGCUCAUAGAAAAUACAUCAGAUGUCAUAAUUUUUUUAUCAUGACUAAUUUAUUAAUGAUCCAGCAUCAUCUGUAUUAAAGAGAAAGAAUCAUUUCACUCGAUGUUUAAAGAGAAUAAAAUAGCCUUGACAGCCUAAGUUACUUACACAUAACUGUUACUGAGGUACUUGCUCUCUCCCGCCGGUCUCGUGUGUGUGUGAUGGUAAAAGAGGAAAGCAGGCAGUGGGCCAAACCACUGCGAGGCAAGGGAGGGGGCGGGAAUCAAAACAUUUCUGAAUUUAAAAUGUUUUUUUGUGUUUAUUUUGUUUUACUACUCACACAAUUAUUUUAAGUAUAUGUCCAUUAUAUUAUUUUCAAUACACAGAGUGGUUGUAAUGAUAUUUUUAGGGGGGACAAGCCUCAGAUAGGGGGGGUCCUGUCCCCCCCGUCCCCCCCGGGAUUUACGCCUAUGAUAACAACUAUAAAUUAAGCUUGUACUGGACAAAGAUUGAUGUGAGCUGUUUUUUUGUACAACUAUAUCAAUCAAUAAAAUGUA